AGUUACUCGCUUUCCCACAAUGCGCCGCAUGUAACGUCACAAUAUCGCGACCCAACGUGGAUUUUUUUUUUGUCGUGUAGCGGCAGAGACUCGACGAUAAAGUUAAACUUAUGCUUUAUCCAGAUUAAAAUCAACACAUUUCCCACAUUUAUUUGCCAUUUAGAGCUCAACUCGUUCGCUUCUGUUUCCACCUUUUGGCCACUUAAAUAUAAAAGAAGUUUUAAUACGGAUAUGCAGCGGAGUUCUACUUUUCCAGACGUUGCACCAGGAUUCGCUCUGAAAAUGAACAUUUCUCCAGAAGAAAAUCCAGUCAGCUUUAUGUUACACGCUUCUCUGCUGUAUAAAGAAGCAUGUCCGGAACUAUCACGAUUUUUCCUGCAGUGGCCUGUGAAUGCUAAUGCACCACAGGAGCAGAAAUCUCCCGGUGUGUUUCUGAACACAUUGGUGUGUCCAUACUGUUAUCAGUGGCUGCAGCCUGACAAUCACCGGAUGCGGCUGAGGCCCAAGAAGCGUCCAUCAGCACGAUUGCAGAGCGUGCUGUGCAGAAAAGCCCGGGGCAAACAUCUCACCCUGGUGCAGAGAAAUCUGCUGCAUCGCUUCCAGAAGGACUCCUCAGUGCUGAUGGCCACCUGCCACACUUGCAAUAAGACAUCAAGACACAAAGGAAUGAACAGGGACUUUAUAGCUACCUUAACCAAGACCCACAGCACACCAGGGAGUGCUGGCAAACACAGAACGCUGCAGUCAACCAGCAGAUCCAGCGGGAACACCCCCAGGAAUCCAGGCAAAGACAAGACACCUGUUCACACACCUCGGUCCACCACCUCCUCGAACAUUUCAGGAUCAGGCUCGUCUUCCUCCAAGCCUCCCUUGAAAUCUAAAAACUGGGUCGCUCAGCGUCUCAGCAAGCUUCUCACACGAGAGAACGAUCAGGGCAGCAAGAAGGGAGGCUUAAAAGAUUUUCUUUCAUCACUUUGAAUGUCUCCCAGAUCUUGUCUUGGUGUAUACUCUAUUAAAAACAAGGGGUUAGACCCAUAUAACCUGCUUAUACCGAAGGCUAAGGGGCAACUAAAGAGGCUAACUUUGGUUACUAAGCCAGUGUUGGAAGGGUUAUACUUUUCCCACCAACACAGCUAUUG